AUGGGGACAGCAGUGCUGUCUGCUACCCUCCUGCUGCUCUCGCUACUCCUGGCUCUGACCCAGACCAAGACCCAGAGCCUAGCUGGGUCUCACUCGCUGAGCUAUUCUGUUACCACGAUGGCAUCUCUAAGGGGUCUUGGAGAUCCCCAAGUCUUCGCUGUUGGCUAUGUGGACAACACGCAAAUCCUGAGCUUCAACAGUGAGGCUAUCGUGGAGCCGCGCGUGCCAUGGGCAAAGCAAAUGGGGCGCGAUUAUUGGAGGUUGGAGAGAGAGAGUCUGGAGUAUUAUGCACAUACAGCCAUAGAAAACUUGCGAUUUGCAAUCCAGAUCUAUAACAAGAGUGAUGACGGCUCUCAUACCUUUCAGUGUUUCAUUGGUUGUGAUGUGGGUCCACACCGACGCCUCCUCCGUGGGCACAAUAGAUAUGCCUUUGAUGGCCGCGAUUACAUCAGCCUGAACGAGGACCUGAGAACUUGGACUGUGGCAGACAAGACAGCUCAGAACAUCCAGCGAGAGUGGGAGAAAAAAAACGUAGCAUUGGACAUAGGCAUCUUCUUGGGGGGCCGGUGUGUUCCUUGGCUACUUUGGCACCUGGAGCUAGGGAAGGAGAUUCUGCAACGCUCAGACCCUCCAAAGGCACAUGUAACCCAUCACCCUACACCUGAAGGUGAUGUCACCUUGAGGUGCUGGGCCCUGGGAUUCUACCCAGCUGAGAUCACCCUGACCUGGCAGAGGGAUGGAAAAGACCAGACCCAGGACAUGGAGCUGGUGGACACCAGGCCUGCAGGAGAUGGAACCUUCCAGAAGUGGGCAGCUGUGGUGGUGCCUCCUGGGGAGGAGCAGAGAUACACAUGCCAUGUGCAGCAUGAGGGUCUGCCUGAGCCCCUCAUCCUGAGAUGGGGAUCAGUGCUGAGCUGUCCUUGGCUCACAAUUGGAAUAACUGUUGGUGUGGUUCUCCUUGGAGUUGUGGUCACUGGAGCUGUGGCUGCCAUUGUGAUGAUGAGGAAGAAAAGUGCAGGUAAGGAAGGCAUUGGUGUCUGA